UCAUUGUCGUGACCAUGACAGACCCCACUGCUGCUGCCAGUCAGGGAAUUCUUCUUGUAUUAAGUCACUCUGAAAGGAAGAAUGUUUAUCAACUUGAACGCGUGUUCUUGCACCUUGGCCAUGCAGAAACAGAUGAACAGUUACAGAAUGUUAUCUCCAAAUUCCUACCCCCUGUUCUCCUCAAGCUAUCCAGCACACAGGAAGGAGUUCGUAAAAAGGUCAUGGAGCUGUUGGUUCACCUGAAUAAGCACAUCAGAAGUUGUCCAAUAAUUCAGCUUCCAGUAGAGACUUUACUAGUUCAAUAUCAAGAUCCUGCUGCGGUGUCUUUUGUCACUAAUUUUACCAUAAUUUAUGUUAAGAUGGGAUACCCUCGUUUGCCUGUGGAAAAACAAUGUGAAUUGGCACCAACUCUUCUCACUGCGAUGGAUGUAGGGAACGGCGAUCGGAAGAUCUCGCGAUGGCACGGAAAGAGGAAGGAAGAGGAAGGAUAUGACGUAGAGAUAGCAGUAUGCUUGUAGGUACAUAAGCGAAUACAUGCGUACAAUAAACGCCAUUUGCAGCAUCCUCAUAUUGGUGUCAGUGCUCAUUGGCCCGGAGGCUGGGGGAGCCUCCGUGCCGUCUCAGGCGAACGGGAGAGUGUCGCAUCAGAAGGCGACAAGUGGUGACCCCGACGUGAUAGCUGAGACGGCGGACCGCAGGCGGUCGAGAGGAUCCGGAUCAUGGACGCGGUACUUAAGGUUGUACGCGUGGGUGCCCGGGAAUGGGUGCUCUCUAUGAGAGCGGAUGCAGUUACGAACUGCGUCGGGCGGCUCCUGAAAGAUGGAGCGAUAGUUAGACCAGGGGACAUUUUUUCCCCUUCUAACUGGGAGAAGUGCACUCGAGCACUUGCUCAGAGAGCUAUGGCCACUAAGAAGGCCGCAGAGCUUAAGACGUGGGGAGAUAUAACGAUCAUUUUAGCAAGGACUAGGGAGGAGCUUGAGACCUGGCAGGCUGCCCGCGCGGCGCUACACAUGUCCGCGGAAAUGGCGACACAGACAGCAGCAAACGCAGAGGAGCGAACGGAGGCGAUAGAGGGAGGGGCGAUAGUAGGGGAUGAAGUGAAAACGGAGAGUGUGGAAACAGACAUAAAGGAGGAGGCGGUUAAUCAGGAACCAGAGCGGGGAGAGGGGGAGGCAAAAACUCCAGAGGCUUACCCAAUAACGCCCUCUUCUCCGCCUCCGCCGCGGUAUCCGUGGAAAGAAAUGAGGGCGAUGGAAGGGGGAGAACUAGGAGAACCAGGAGACCUUUGUGGAGACCGAGAUAUGAAAAAGCCAGUGGCGGGUAGAGGAAAAGAAAGCAAGGUGAAAGUGGAGGAGGCAGAAGAAAAGGAAAGACCGCUUAUAGUGGAUGAUCCCCGAGACUGGCUACCGGGGGCCAUGAUUCGGGUGCAGUGGGAGGACGAAAGAAGAGAAGAAGCAGGGGAAAGACCAGAAGCAGGGGAAAGACCGAGGGUGCCGCACCCGGGAAAAGAUGGCGCUGGCCGAGAGAGGAGUGGGCGUCGACCAGCAUUGCGGAAGGAGGAGACUGAAGACUCAGGUGCAGCAACUAGGGCGGAGUUCCCCCGCCGCAGUCAGAGGCGAAGGAAAAAAAAAAAAAAAAAAAAAAAAAAAAGGAGGAAAGUCACAAGAGAUAUGGAGCAGAUGUUUAUGCUGCUUACAGCUCUGGAAGAAGAAACAGCUAAACAAAGAGGGCUAUUAGAGGCAAUAGCUAAACAAAGAGGGCUAUUAGAGGCAACAGCUAAACAAAGAGGGCUAUCAGAGACAGCAGGUUCCACCCAAGCGGGAGGGGGAAAAGAAAUUCCCCUAACAGACUGGAAACUGAUAGCGACGGAAUGUGCCCUGAGUGGCCUCAAGUUUCGUGCGCCAAUAGGGGCCUUCCCAGUACGAGUUGCCCCGGGGAGGGGGGGGGGCAGUGGAAUGGAUGCCCCUCGACCCAAAGACGGUACAACAGCUAUUGAAAGCAGUGCAAGAACAGGGCCUGCGACACCCGGUGACACAGACGUUGCUGGACGCGGCGCACGCGGGAGGCCUAAUACCGUGGGAUUGUCGCGCCCUCGCGCGACUGGUUUUAUCGCCCACGAUGGUCCUUAUGUGGAAAGAAGCGUGGACCUCGCGCCUGCAGCAGGCGUUGAUGGCCGCGCAGGCAGACCCGCAGAACCCACUGGGCCAAUCCACCCUAGCGCGGUUAAGAGGAAAUGAUGCGGCCAUGGCUACACCCCAGCAGCAGGCAGCGGGCCUGAGACCUCGGGAGAUACUGGCGGCAACAGAAGCAUCUCGAAAGGCCUUUGAUGAUAUUGGGCCACUGGUGCAACAGGCAGACCCAUGGACGACUGUGAAGCAGAGAGUGGGAGAGCCGUUUGACAAGUUUUGUGACAGGCUACAGGCAGCAGUAGAACUUGCAUCUUUACCAGACGCUGCAAAAGGAGCGGUGAUGUUGGAAUGUAUCAAGCAACAGGGCAACGAGUUGACAAAAGAAAUCCUAAGAACAGCGCCUAAGGGAGCAAGUCUAGGGCAGACGAUCAAGUACGUAUUAGAACACCGGGACAAGACCACAGCCCUACAGAUUGCUGCAGCAGUUAUGGCAAUGCCGGAGGUUAGAGCUAGAGGAGGUCCAAAAGGAGGCCCAUGCUUUGGCUGCGGGCGAAUGGGCCAUUUGAGAGCACAGUGCACGAAUAAGGGAAGUUACGCGCACCCAACAAGGGGUAUGGGGAGCCUUACAUGCUGGGCCUGUGGAAAACCAGGACACAGAGCACGAGAUUGUCGGCGGUCGGGAAACGAGAAGCGGGGAGGGCAACUAGGGGGCCACCCCUCCCCGGUGAGCCGGCCUCAAGUAGCCCCCGUCAACAACAACACACCGCUGGUGGACAGCUCCAGCGACCAAACUCCGAAGGGAAACCCCGCGUGGCCCUGGUCUUAGGGUGUGAGAAGAGACCCCGAGUGAAAGCGCAUCUGAUAGGCCCACCAGGGGCGGGUCCUCCUAGCAUCCCCUUAAUAAUGAUGCUAGAUACGGGGGCAGAUGUUACGUGUGUGCCCUCGUGGUUGUGGCCAUCGAGUUGGCCAGCAAAAGUGGCAAGCUCGUUAGAUGGAGUGGGAGGCAGGGCGGAGGCUAUGAUUUCUGAAACCGAUAUCACAAUUGUAUUGGAGGACCCGGAUAGGCCUGCUCAGAUCAUCCGUGUGCGGCCGUACAUAACUGCCAUAGGGGAACCAUUGUUAGGGCGAGAUGCCUUAUUGCAAA